UGUCUGACAGCAUCUGACUGGUUGCUGCUCAGUCCACCGCUUGGUGGUGACUGGUGAGAAGUAUAGACACUCUGGCUCAGAGCGGGAUAAACACGGGACGAAGGUGGAAAAAAUACGAACUCUCCAUCACGCUUUAGACUCGAAUUAAUCACCGUGUGCUCAUUCGGACCAGGAGAUUUGUAGCUGCCGCAGUGGCUUGUUCCAGCAGCGGGCAUUUGCUGCUUGAUGCCCGGACUCGUCCGCAGUGCUGGAUUUUGCAGUUCUGAAGUGAAUGAGAUCUACAGACCAACACUCUCUCAUCAUAAAACCAUGACAGAAGGCUUGUCAUCUUAAAAGAUUUUCUCAAAGGGCCUCUGACUGGAUACUUGAGAACCCGGGAGCACCAAUCAGAUCUCAGCAGCUGUGUGGAUGCUGACGGGGGGGAGCUGCCAUCACUGUGAGGUCCAGCUGAGAAAGAGUCAGUGGGGAAUCUAAACAGCAUCAGCAUGCAAUAUCAGCACACACCAAGAAAACUUUACUUCAGGACACAAAACGAAAAUCUGGUCAUGAGUGGGAAUCUGAUGAGAAAUGAGGUCCUCAGAAAACACAAGGACUUCCUGCCCUGUGGAAGGCUAUGCAUGGAAGUGCUCAGAUACGCUAUCUGAAAAACUAAUGCACACAAACAAGACUCUGGUCAUAAAUGAAGCUUCUGUUCCAGUGUGACAAGACACCAAGCAUAAACUGAAACGGUAAAACCACUGGUUUUCUCAAGAAAUUCCUGACAGCACUGAACAAUCAUCCAUGUGAUUUCAACAUUACAUCCUAAUACAAUCAAAGACAAGUUGAAUAUCCAGUGGAAUCCUGCUAAAGAUCAUAACCUGUGUAAACAAAAAAAAACAGCUGGAGCUAUGGCUGAAGCACAGAUGUCCAUUUCGUCUGGGUCCAGUGGACAUGGAGGAGGUAUGGUGACCAGUGCCUUACUUUGCUGGGCUAUGGCUCUUGUGUUCCUCUCAUUGACAAGGGUGCCUGUUGUCCAGGGUGAUUGCUGGCUGAUUGAAGGUGAAAAGGGAUUUGUGUGGUUGGCAAUCUGCAGCCAGAACCAGCCACCGUACGAAAAUAUCCCCUUGCAUAUUAACAGCACAAUUGUUGACCUGCGACUCAACGAGAACAAGAUUCGAAGCAUCCACUUUUCUUCCUUAAGUCGCUUCGGCAAUCUCACAUACCUGAAUCUGACUAAGAAUGACAUCUCUUACAUUGAAGAUGGGGCUUUCUCUGCCCAAUUUAAUCUCCAAGUGUUGCAAAUUGGCUUUAACAAGCUAAGGAACUUGACCGAGGGAAUGCUGAGAGGUUUGGGACGCUUGCAGUAUCUCUAUCUUCAGGCUAACCUGAUCGAGACUGUCACAGCCAAUGCCUUCUGGGAGUGUCCUGCGAUUGAAAACAUCGACCUCUCCAUGAACAGGAUUCAGCAGCUUGAUGGUGCAACAUUUCGUGGUCUAUCGAAGCUCACGACAUGCGAGCUCUAUGCAAACCCGUUCAGUUGCUCAUGUGAGCUGUUAGGAUUCCUGCGCUGGCUAGUUGCGUUCCCAAACCGGACAAGUGAGCGGAUGGUGUGUGACACACCCGCUGGCUUUUCAGGCUACAGUCUCUUAAGUCAGAACCCCAGAAUGCCAAGAUUUCGCAAUGCUUUCCAUGCACUCUCAUCUGUCUGCACCAAUGACAAUGUGACACCGUAUCUUCACGGCUCUUUAGACGGGAGCACUCCCACUAUGUUGCCUGAAUUGAGUCCUUGUGGACUGGAUGACUGUUCCUCAGGGGCAAUUCCAGAAGAGUCCAUAAGCAUCAGUCCCACCUUUCUGGAUCCAGACGCCCGUCCUAUAAUGAAACUAAAAGAAGUUACCCACACAAGUGCAAUAAUCACGAUCCAGAUUCCAAAUCCAUUUCGCAAAAUGUACAUCCUUGUCCUGUACAAUAACAGCUUCUUCACUGACAUCCAAAACUUGAAAAGCCAGAGAGAAGAGAUCGAGUUACAGAACCUUAAAUCUCACACUAACUACACAUAUUGUGUGGCAUCUAUUCGUAACUCCUUGAGGUUCAACCACACCUGCCUGACCAUCUCCACAGGACCAAGGACAUUGCAAGAACGUGUGGCAAAUGAUUCAACUGCCACUCAUUACAUUAUGACCAUAAUCGGUUGUCUCUUCGGGAUGCUCAUCGUACUGGGUUUAGUGUUUCAUUGCGUAAGAAAGCGCAAGCAUCAAGAUGAGCCAAAGAGCAAGAAGCUGGAAAAGAUGAAAAGAAACUUGAUUGAGAUGAAAUAUGGAACUGAAUUGGAACAAGGGACUAUAUCACAGCUGUCACAAAAGCAAAUGCUGUCCACUGGUGAAACAGUACAAAGGAUGCCAUACUUGCCAACUGCCAGUGACACAGAUCAGUAUAAGAUGCAAGAGAUUUCUGGGACACCAAAGACUUCAAAAGGGAAUUACAUGGAAGUGAGAUCAGAGCAACCAGAACGCAGUGUUAGGGAAUGCAGCGUUCCUCCAUCGGAAACCAGCCAGGGAUCUGUUGCAGAGAUAUCCACCAUUGCAAAAGAAGUGGACAAAGUGAACCAGAUCAUUAACAACUGCAUUGACGCACUCAAAUCCGAUUCAACAACAUUCCAGGCCGCAAAAUCCGGUGCCGUUUCCACAGCGGAGCCCCAGUUAGUUCUCAUAUCAGAACAUCCACCAGGCAAGUCCGGUUUUCUGUCUCCAGUGUACAAAGGAGCGUACCAUCAUCCCCUACAGCGGCACCACAGUAUGGAUGCCCCACAAAAGCGUGCAAGCACGUCCUCGAGUGGUUCACUGCGCAGUCCACGCUCUUUCCGUUCGGAAGGAGCUUACAGAUCAGAGUCCAAAUAUAUUGAGAAGGCAUCUCCGCUCGAUGAGUCAGGAAUCAUAACCGUCACGCCAGCCGCUGCGAUCCUGAGGGCAGAGGCGGAGCGGAUUCGACAGUACAGUGAGCAUAGGCACUCCUACCCUGGUCCCCACCACAUAGAGGAGUCAAUAGAGGUGUCGGGGAGCCGAAAGUCAUCCAUUCUGGAGCCGCUGACGCGCUCGAGACCACGGGAGCUGUCCUAUUCGCAGCUCUCACCGCAGUACCAUAACCUAAGUGGCUAUUCCAGCCCCGAGUACAGCUGUAGGCCUUCUUUUAACCUGUGGGAACGUUUUAAACUCCACCGCAAACGUCACAGAGAUGAGGAAGAGUACAUUGCAGCAGGUCACGCGUUAAGGAGGAAAGUACAGUUUGCCAAAGAUGAGGACCUGCAUGACAUUCUGGACUACUGGAAAGGGGUCUCUGCUCAGCAGAAAUCAUGAUUGCUGUUUUUAUAGCUCAUCCAAUUAAAGAAGCCUACACAAAUCUCUGGACCAAACCAGCCAGUAUCAAUGAUUAAGUGACAAGUCAGCACUCACUUUUAGAGAAAUAGCUUAGAAGUAUUGCUAGCUCUUUUCAAUCAUUCUGUUUGAGAAUGAAAAGAAAAUACAAGAUACUGUAGAUCUUGCAGUGAGUGUACGUGCCAAGUGGUAAGAAUAGAAAACUUUUAACAGUAUUAACCUCAACUCGACAUUUGAUUUUUAUAUAUUGGAAAUAACAAUAAACUACUAUUAUAUUAU